AUGAAGCCCACCACCAACCAGAAAAAUGCCGGGGAGGGCACUGACAAGCCCGACGGCGGCACCGGCACCUGGGUCGUGCUCCAGCCGUCCCGGAUAGUCAAGAUCGUCAUGAUCUCCACCGCCUUCUGGGCCUUGGUCUUGUACUACAUGCAAAAUGGCGAUGGCGGCGUGGCGUCCGUCCUGUUCAAGCCGUCAGCGUUCUCCCUCCCCCUGCUGCCCAGCGUCACCUCUGGCCAGAGCCCACGACCCGAGCAUCAGCACGCAGGACUCGGACAGGCGCCCCCGCCGCCGCCACCGCCUCCGAUGGUGCUGGCCGACCGUUGCCGCGGACGGUACGUCUACAUGUACGACCUGCCGCCGCGCUUCAACGACGACCUGGUCCGCGACUGCAGGAACCUCCAGAUUUGGAUGGACAUGUGCCCGUACAUGGUCAACUGCGGCAUGGGCCCGGCGAUGGGCGACGAGGGGGGCGCCUUCUCCGGGAGCGGCUGGUUCGCCACGGACCAGUUCUCGCUCGACAUCAUCUUCCACGGCCGGAUGAAGGGCUACGAGUGCCUCACCGACGACCCGUCCCUCGCCGCCGCCGUGUACGUGCCGUUCUACGCCGCAUUGGACGGCGGGAGGUACCAGUGGAACAGCACGUCGAUGCGGGACGCGCUCAGCCUGGACCUCGUCGAGUGGCUGGCGCGGCGCCCGGAGUGGCGCGCCAUGGGCGGCCGCGACCACUUCCUCGUGGCUGGCCGGACCGCGGUGGACUUCAGCCGGAACUCCGACCUCGACCACGAGUGGGGCGACAAGCUCCUCAACUUCCCGGCUGUCGAGAACAUGACGGCGCUGGUCCUGGAGACCAACCAGUGGAAGCCGAAGCAGAAGCGCAAUCUGGCUGUCCCCUACCCGACGUACUUCCACCCCGAGUCGGCGGCCGACGUGGUCGCCUGGCAGGAGAAGGUGCGCAGCACGGAGCGCGAGUGGCUCUUCUCCUUCGCCGGCGGGCCGCGCCCAGGGAACACCGAAACCGUCCGCGCGGAGAUCAUCCAGCAGUGCGGCGCGUCGAGCCGCUGCAGGCUCUUCCACUGCGGCGCCGGCGCCAACGACUGCAGCUCGCCGGGCGGCGUCAUGCGCGUGUUCGAGAGCUCGAGCUUCUGCCUGCAGCCGCGCGGGGACACGCUGACGCGGCGGUCCACGUUCGACGCCAUCCUGGCCGGCUGUAUCCCCGUGUUCUUCCACCCGGGCUCGGCGUACACGCAGUACACGGCGCACCUCCCCAAGGACCCCAACAGCUACUCCGUGCUCAUCAUGCACACCGAUGUGACCGGCCGGAACGUGAGCAUCGAGGACACGCUGAGCAACAUCUCGCCGGCCGCGGUGAAGGCCAUGCGGGAGGAGGUGAUCCGGCUCAUCCCGAGGUUGGUUUACGCUGACCCGAGGUCCAGGCGUGUCGAUUUCACGGACGCGUUCGAUCUGGCGAUGGACGCGGUCAUUGACCGGUGGCCAAGCGGCGGCGCGGCGUGGCCGGUAGCCAGGACUAGUGCCGCCGCCACGACGAUGCGACAAAGUGGCCAACGACACCUGAGUUUUAGCUUUAAUUUGUUGCUGAUUACACAUGGCUAUGGCAAAAUUCAUUGA